AUCGUUACCACUGUAAACCUUUUUUUCGCUAGAAUUACAGAAGACCCCUCAAAAUCUGUUAAACUAAAUAAGCAUUCAAUCUUUAUCUUUCGUGUUUAUGACAGUACUUCCGAUCUUUUUUUCCCACCUGUAAUUGUAGUAUCAGUGUUGGUUGUAGCAACAUUUCAAGGAGGAAAUACUGAUCACGAUAAUUAUUUCUUUCCUCUUUUUUUUCCUUUUUUUUUUUGAGGAAUUUCCAAGUCCUCAAGAUAUUCCUCUUAGUCUACUCUCCAAUUUCCUUGAUUUCCAACAUUUUUGGUAGCUCGUGUGUGAAAUCAACCCUAUAUCUCAGGAUUUCGUUAAUUUUUUCACUAAAUUCAAUGUUUUUCCAAAAAAACAAAAGCAAGCCACAAAUUUUACCUAAUAUUUCUCCAAUUGCCUUUUUUACAAGAAAAAGUUCAUGUUUGUAUCCGUCAUUAUAAUUGAGCUUAGAAUUAUUAUUAUCUGUCUUGUUGGAAUUCACAAAUGGGCUUUUUUGCAAUAUUUUUAAAAGUGCUGUAUCAUCAGUCGUAUAAAAUUCAUAGUAACAAUGAAUAUAAAUCUUGUUAUUCAAACCCGCUAGAGAGUUAUGAAUUUUCAAUGAAUUCUUUCAAGAAAAUGUAAGAGCUGUUAACAAGUUGAACAGCGAAAUCAUUGAUGAAAACAUUUUGACAGAAUUGACUUUGUAGAUAUAGCAUGUAGAAAGAAUUCUGUGUACAUGACUACAAAGUUAAAUUUACUCAAUGAGAGUCUUUGAAACUGUUGGAAUAGUGUGGAUUUAAAAAAAAAAACUCAAUUUAAAUUACAUAUAGAAGCAAAUUUAAAAAUCACAUAACAUAAAUCUUGUGUACACGGCUGAAUGUAAAAUUGAUCACCGCCAGGUUAUCAAUUGGACUUUAACCAAUUUCACAAUCCUUUUAAUAAUGGCAAAUUCCAUACCUUAAAAGAAUAUUGAAAUUUAUUGAAUAAUGAGGAAAAAUGAUGAAUAUAAAGUUGACAGUUUUGAAAAAUAGUGUUUCUUAGAUGAAAUACUCAUUGCAUAGAUUUUCUAUAGCUAUUUUUGCAGAACCAAAAGUCUAAAUUCUAGCUCAAUUAUUUUUUUCUUUUCCCAAAUAUUAUCUAAUAUUUCUAUUUGACAGAAAAUUAUUGGAUAAAAAAAAAGGUAGUAGUUUUUGAGUUAUAAGAAAUGUCAAGUUUUGGUAUCAAACCCACAAAACUUUUCAAUUUUUUAUAAAAAAUAUCUCCAAAUCAAGAAUCCUGUGACACAGAUAAUUUUGUAAUCAUGACUUAUGAAGAUACAAUGACUAAACACUAAAAUAAAUUCUAUAAAAAUUAUCAGCCCAAAACCAAUACAAUUCCGAGAAGCUAGUUGUAGAAUUCAUGCAAAUAAUUUUACCAAAGCUACACUGCUGAAGUUUAACACUGGAGUACAAAGAAGGGAUACAACAAUUUUAUUCAGAUAUCAUAGUUAAAAUGUGAAUUGAUAACUUGAAAAUCUUAACGUCCUGAGAAGCACAAAUCCUGCUAAUUCCAUAGGAGAGUAGAUCCUAAAACAAGACUCAACACUAAAAAAAUAUCCCGAUGUCCUAUCGAAGUUUGCUUAAGAAUCUUGAGUCUUUUUUCCCACAUAUAUAAAUAUGAUAGUGCAUUUUAUUUAUAUUAGUAGAGAAUAUAUUUUAUCCUCGAGUCUCUAGUGUCUUCCAAUUGGCAAUGGAAAGAAAAAAAAUACGCGACUCAUACUCUCUACCUCCGCAUGUCCAAAAUCAUUCUUUCAGGUUGAAAGUUCGCACUCGCUCUAAGUAUCUCAGUGCAGUACAAAAAACAAACAAAAAAUACCAAGUUUAUCACGGUUUCCGCGCAGUUUGGCCUUGCUUUGUGUUGUGUAUAAAAGUCGAAAAGUAUGUUCGAACAAUAAGAGAGACCAAACGACGGUCCUAGUUAAUGCCAAAAGAGCAUCGCGUACCAAAAAUCAGAAAAAAAACCAUUUAAAAAAUGUAUAUAUUUUACAUGUGAUGAAGUUCAGUUUACAAGUAUAAAAGUAUAACGCAACAAAAGUUCAGUAACAAAAAGAAAAGAAAAACCAAAAAAAGCGAAAGUAUAACGAGCAAAACACGAAAGUAAAUAAAAAGUUUCGAAAAAUGUGUCGUAAAGUAUCUAACGUGGUUUGGAUAGUGCGCGUUGCACCGUCGAGAGCGAGUACUGCACGAUCUCUUUUCGAUACAGGCUGAUAAUCCUACAGAUAGAGACACACGCACAAACACACAUACAGAGUGUAACUCAACAUGGACUCCGGUUCAGAGAGUUCCUCGUCGGAGGGUUACAAUGGUCAUCGAGGUCGUGCUACAACACCGGAUGAUUCACCGACGCGUGGUACUUCACGAUCGCAACGGAAAUCCUCAGGAAGUUUGUCCUCUUCUCGAGGGAAAUCACCUCAAUCCCCAAGUUUGUCUCCACCAGCGUCACCACCUGCAUCACCACCCGCAUCUCCACCAGCUUCGCCUCCUGCAUCGCCGCAGUCUUCAAGGCCACCAUCACCGAAGUCACCCAGUGAGAGAAUUUCACCUCGUUCGCACGAUAUGUCUCCAAAGUCUCGCAGUGUCUCACCCAAAUCUUACCGCUCGGCCGGGAACUCGAUGGAUUCUCCACGUUCUGAUCGCAGCUCACCGGAAUCACCGGUUUGUAACGCAAGAUCGACGAGAUACAAUUCCGGCCCGAGCUCGCCAAAAUCUCCUGCCGGAGGCCGAGCCACUCCAAAAUCGUACACGUCCGGCCCCAUGUCUCCGGUCUCUCGAGAUCAUUCCCCAAAAUCUUAUAUGAAUAGCGGAUCACGUCACAGCUCCCCAAAAUCACCGGCGUCCGGGCGCAGUACGCCAAAAUCUCUUCUGUCAGGCAGAAGUUCUCCAAAAUCGUACAAAUCUGGAGCAGCCUCGUUGACUGACGAAAAACAUGAGAAACGAUCGCAACCCCGUUCGCCCAUUCCUAAAAGAUCUUCUUUCAACGAACUCGAUGGCGAACAAAUAUCUGACGGUGAUAUCGAUGAAGAGCUCGAACCAACACACAAAUCCAAACUACCAUCCAUGACUCAUGGAGAAGAUUUAUCCGACGUUUCGGAUUUGGAUAGCAUGGACGGUGUCGAAGAAACUGGACGAGCUACCCGUGAACCUUCACCUGAACCAGACUGCCCCGAGAUCACUCAACCUGCCUCACCCGAAAUCGCCAAACCUGAAAAGGAAGAGAAAAUUCUUCCUGUUGGACUUACCGAAGAAACCGAACAACUUGAUUUUGAGGCUGAAGGACAGUGGAAGGACGAGCGAGAGGAAGGUGAGAACGAAGUUCCGCCAACAAGGGAACUAAAAGAAACAACAGACAUGGAGACAAACGAUAAAGAAAUUGAGAAUGAAAAAGCGAAAGCAGCUGCUGAAGCGGGUGAAAUCAAUGACGAUGAUGAGGCUAAAGAAGAUGGUGAAAAAGUUGAAUCCGAACUGGAAGAGGGAGAGUUGAGCGAUGGCGAAGACGCACGUCCCGAAGAAACGGAACCGAGGCCGGUCUGUCGUUUUUACAAUCGAGGACAGUGCACGUGGGGUGUUAGCUGUAGAUUUUUACAUCCAGGAGUUACCGACAAAGGAAAUUACACCAUGUUUGAUAUGAUAAGGCCAAUGGCUUUCACGCCGCAUUCGAGCGGCCCCCACGAAUUCCGACCCCACAUUGAGAGACCACCGAUGGUAAGACCGCUCACCGGAUUCUCAACUCAUGCUCAUCCCCUAAAAGUUGAAGAUAUUCAGGCUGAAUCAGCAUGGGAACGAGGCUUGCGACAUGCCAAAGAAAUGAUGCGUAAAGCAAACAAGCGCAAAGAAUCAGAUAUGGAUUUUGAGGAGAAAAAGAUGAAUUUGAGUCUGGGUCAGGACGAGCUGGAACGCGAAGCUGGAUAUUACGUGAGGCCAUCGAGCCCCGAACCACCGGUAGAAAGAUGGCCACCUGCUAGGGAAGUUGUCUCACGACGGCCACCGGUACCAAGGCUGACGCCGGAACGUUACGUCGAAGAUCCUGAGUAUUAUCCGCCGGCAGCUCCUCCAGAAUAUUAUGGCGGCCGCGAUCGAAGAGUUCAAUACAAACCUGAGCCCCGGCCGGGACCUGAGUAUCGUGAGCGUAUCGAUUAUCAUCCGGGGCCUCGUGGGCCAGCUCCUCACUCGGUUUCACCACCGCCACAUCCUCGAGAACGCGAGGGUCACAGAGAACGCGAGCGCGAGCGUGAGCGUGACUACUACGAGAAAUACGAGAAAAAGCACAAACGACCUUCACGAGAGGUAAUCGUUGAACGCAUCGCACCAACAAAACCCUGGCGAGAGGAAGAACCUCCACCGGUUGAACGUGGACGUGGAGACGAGUGGGCCGAUCCUUGGAUGCGUCACAAAUCCCCGACCGCUGUACGACGAAAUCCCAAUUCCACGAGACGAUCUCGAAGACAAUCAUAUUCCUCAGGAUCAUCCUACUCAACUACAAGCUCCAGCCGCAGCUCAAGCCGUUCUAGCUACACAUCUUAUGACUCUUUGUCCAGGUCCCGAUCCCCAUCCCCCUCCUCGCGACCCCAAAGAAGUAACAAAGGCAAAGCACCGUCUUCGCCGCCAUCCCAAAAUCCGGCACCUGUUGCACCGCCUCCACAACGCGGUGUUAUGCUCAUGAAUCCCCCCGCUCCUUCUCCCCGUCCCCCCAAAGGCUCGAUCUCGCCCACUACGGGGACUCUUCAUCGCAGAGCCGGACUCAAUCCUCCGGCGCCAAGUCCAUUGACUACACAACGACACCACGACAAAUCAAGAGACAAAGCUGCACUUGCGGCCGCAGCAGUGGCCAAAGUAAUCAAAAGUCGGUCGCGAUCAAGUAGUUCGGGAUCGGAAAGCAGCGGAAGUAGCAGCGACUCAAGCGAAUCAAGUUACUCAUCGGGAUCGUCAGUCGACGUGCGUCGUCGUAAAGCUUCCUCCCCGAUAUCACGCAAAGAUCCAAAGGGAAUAGACGCAUUGAAGUUGAGCGGUACGAAGCAACAAAUAAAACUGACAUUGAAGUCUUCGUCGAACAACAUACCGCCAGUGAAAAAGGUCGAUCGGAGCGCAACAAUCGCUGGUAAAAAGAGACCUUUGGAAUCACCUCCAUUGUCUGAAAGCAAGGCGAGCGUAGCAGCAGCAGCGGCAAAAGCAGCUAAAAAAGCAACUUCACGGCGCGAAGAAUUAUUAAAACAGUUGAAAGCCGUGGAAGAUGCAAUCGCGCGUAAACGGUCCAAGGUAUAAGUUUGAAAUACCUAAUCAGUGGACAUCGUUAAUUCGUUGAUAAUAACAGUACAAUUAAACAAGAAAUGAAAAGAAAAAAAAUGUACAACCAAGAUCGCCGCAUUGAUUAAACAGUCGCUUGAUAUAAGACCAACAUGUGACGUCAUGUUAGGCUAUACUAAUAGGUUUAAAUAAAGAACAUUUUGUUUUUAAAUUUCAACAA